UAAUUCAUCAACAGCUGCCCUUGGUCUCCUAUUAGUAUCACUACACAUUAUGUCACUAUUACCUCAACUCUACUCACGACUAACAGAAUACACUCCGGCCACUGUCCUACCUGUCGCCAUCGUCACGUACCUCUGUCUUCUUUUAAUCAGUCGAGUGGAUGUGGGCGGAGUCAAGUUCUCGAUGUUCGUUGUAUUGGUGGGUGUGAUUUUUCAGUGGUACGGAUUGAGGAAGUGGCUGCCUUUGGGUGUUGAGUUAGGCAUAGUAAAGGACAAUAGUCUGCCAGUCGGCAAUGAUGCUAAAAAAAGGCGUCCAUCCUAUACUAUGAUGGUUGGACGGAUGAUAAGAAGACUAUCAACUGUACAGGAGCAAGAGGAGGAUAUAGAGGAGGAGGAGGAGGAGGAGGAAGAGGAGAGAGAGAAUGGAGGAGUAGCAAUGAGUAGUAUUCAUCGGAGGAGGUUAUUAGAACUUCUAAUUGAACAAGAGGCCGAGAUUAGGCAUUUCGAAGUAAAGAAGCUAAGACAAGUAAUUUUGUGCCUUAUUGUAUUGGCUGUGCUGUGUGCUGCUUCAGUGUAAUCAUAAACUUUAUUAUUAUUUAUUUUAUGCAGUAAAAAUCCAACAUUAAGAGAAUAGCAAUUAUUUAUUUUUUGUCACUAUAAUCUUUGUACAAUAGAAAUUUCAUUUUGAUGAUUGAUUAUAAUUUUGCUUUAAAGUUAUCAUUAAAAAAACUCACAAACUUCAUUGGAAACCA